AUGCCUGGCAGAGGGAAAGGAGGUAAAGGACGGGGCAAAAGUGGGGCCAAGCGGCUCCGUAAAGCGUUCCGUGAUAACAUCCAGGCUAUCACCAAACCGGCCAUCCGUCGUUUGGCUCGCCGUGGGUGCGUCAAGCGGAUCUCGGGCAUGAUCUACGAGGACACCCGUGGGGUGCUGAAGAUUUUCCUGGGGAAAGUGAUCCGGGAUGCCGUUACGUACACUGAACACGCCAAGCGCAAUAAUGCCACUGCCAUGAAUGAGGUGUACGCUCUGAAACGUCAGGGCCGCAGUCUCUAUUACUUCGGCGGCUGA